UAAACUUCAAGAUGAAGCUUUGGGAUUCUCCGAAUACCUCGUUCCCUUAUUCAUUUGAUGAGGUUGCCAGUGCGUUUUGGGACAGAUACCCAAAUUCUCAUGCAAAACACAUCAUUUCGGAGGAUGUACUCGAACGCCAGAUCACUGACAACACUAUUGUCACUAAAAAAUUGAUUGUCAAGCAAGGAAGCUCGAUUUUGAAACGUGUUCCUCGUUGGAUUUCGAGAAUGACAGAUAUUCAAGUUGUUCCUGUCAUUGAAGAAAGUGUUUAUGAUAAAGUAUCGAAAAAACUCGUAACAUACACUCGAAAUGUUUCACACAUUUCUCUAUUUCAACUCCAUGAACGAUGCAUUUACAAAUCAUCCGAGGAUAAUCAGCAGCAUCACCCAGCCCUUCUCACUGACGUACUGCGAAGUGUCACAGUUUCAAUCGAUUGUGGUCGAAUGAGCUCAGUUUACGAGAAAGUCCUACUAAUGGGCUUCAAAAAAUCGAUCAAUAACACAACGAAAGGGUUGUUUGAGAAGCUAGAAGAGCGAUUUGGAGUCAAAAACGUUGCUAAUGAGAAAAUGAAAAUGAUCAAGGAAAAGAUUAUCAAGUCAUCGUCAAAUCUCGUCACUCAUGUCCAAUGCGAAGAGGAUGUCUAGUCAGCCAUACUGAAUAUAAAUCUCAAACAUUCACUUUUUCCCGUUAUUUUCAUUUAUGUCCCCCCAAAAAAAUCUCAAUUCUCAUAGAAUUACUGAAUCUUCUGCACAUUCUUUGCAUUGAACUGAGACCAUUAUUUGUUUGUUAUUUGGCUCUCAAUCUCUCCUGAUAAAUGUACAUAUUC